CAGUUCUACUUCUGCAGAUGCUCUACCGCUUCUCCUAGUACACUACUACCACCACCACCGCCACUAGGUAGCAGCAGAGCAGAGAAGCAAAAGAAAAGCUAAAGGCGUGGCGAACAAGCUUUUUCCCGGUUAGAGAGAGAUGGGGAAUCCGAGAUGUUACUUGGACAUGAGCAUUGGGGGAGAGUUGGAAGGAAGGAUAGUGGUGGAGCUUUACAGUGACGUUGUCCCUAAAACUGCCGAGAAUUUUAGGGCUCUGUGCACUGGCGAGAAAGGCAUCGGUCCUCAUACCGGCGCUCCCCUCCAUUUCAAGGGCUCUUGUUUCCAUCGUGUUAUUAGGGGUUUCAUGGUACAAGGUGGUGACAUUUCUGCCGGAAAUGGAACUGGUGGUGAAUCCAUCUACGGCUUGAAAUUUGAAGAUGAAAAUUUUAAACUCAAGCACGAAAGGAAAGGGAUGCUAUCCAUGGCUAAUUCUGGUCCCGAUACUAAUGGUUCUCAAUUUUUCAUCACUACAACUCAAACCUCUCAUCUGGAUGGAAAGCAUGUUGUGUUCGGGAGAGUAAUCAAGGGAUUGGGCGUGAUUCGUUCAAUUGAGCAUGUCACCACGACGGAGGCUUAUUAUCCGACUCUUGAUGUCAUGAUAGCUGAUUGUGGCGAAAUUCCUGAAGGUGCAGAUGAUGGGACAUCUAAUUUCUUCAAAGAUGGUGACUGUUAUCCUGAUUGGCCAGCUGAUCUAAGCAUGAAACCAGAUGACAUUUCUUGGUGGAUGACCGCUGUAGACUCUGUAAAAGCUUUUGGAAAUGAAAGAUUUAAGAAGCAAGACUUCAAAAUGGCUCACAGAAAGUACUGUAAGGCUCUUCGCUAUUUGAAUACAUGCUGGGAAAUGGAUGAUGUUGAUGAAGAGAAAAGUGAUUCCCUGAAGAAGACCAAGUCUCAGAUAUUUACUAAUUGUUCUGCCUGCAAGUUGAAGUUAGGAGAUCUUAAAGGAGCAUUGCUAGAUGCAGACUUUGCCAUUCGUGAUGCAGAUGACAAUGUAAAAGCUUUCUAUCGCCAAGGUCAGGCAUACAUGGCACUCAACGACAUCGAUGCAGCAGUUGAAAGUUUCAAGAAGGCACUGGAUUUGGAGCCAAAUGAUGGUGGAAUAAAGAAGGAGCUUGCAGCAGCAAGGAAAAAGGUUGCUGAUAGACGUGACAGGGAGAAAAAGACUUACUCAAGAAUGUUCCAGAUGAGCUAAAUGCAGAUGAAUGGCAGUAUUCAACAGUUGUCAGGUCUUCUGUACAUGCUAGGAUACAUUGAUUAACAACUGAAAUCAGGCAGUCUUUUUGUGGAGUUCGAGUUAUUUUGAACACAAACAUGAAAUUUCAAACACCAAAUAGGGAUAAUUAUACAGACUUGAACUCAAAGCGAUGUUAUGUGUCAAGUAGAUCGCAAGUACAUGUAUGCAUCUGACAUCAUCUGAAGUAUGUUUUGAUCUUGACUACCAAAGCUCUUAUUCCGCAAAAUGUGGAUAAUUUCUUUUUCUUGGACA